CAAUGUCAAGUCGUCAAAUCUGUGAAACCGUGUGUUUCUUGGCAAACCGGAAAUAAUUGUUUAAUUAAUUAAAUUGACACCAAAUACUAUCAGUUCGCAUAAAAUUUAUGUUCAUUGAUUUGUUAAACAUUAAACUCUUUAUUUUUUAGAGUGGAUUUCAUUUUAAUUACUCCUGUGUGCUUCUUCAAGUAUGGGCGAUACACCGAAAGUAAAGAUCGGCAUAAUUGGCGGGUCCGGGUUCGAUGACCCCACGCUGUUCGAGGACCAGACGGAGCUGGAGGUGACCACUCCGUUCGGGAAGCCCUCAGACGUCCUCAUCCAAGGGCAGAUCAAGGGAGUGCCGUGUGUGCUGCUGGCCAGACACGGGAGGAAGCAUCAGUUCCAACCGAGCGACGUGAACUACCGCGCCAACAUCUGGGCUCUGAAGCAAGCAGGAUGCUCGCACGUGCUCGCCACCACCGCCACCGGCUCACUGGUCGAGGACUACCGGCCGGGCGACCUCGUGAUACUUGACGAUUUCAUUGACAGGACCUGGGGCCGCAAGUGCACGUUCUUCGACCGGACUGAGGGCGGGCCGAAGGGCGUCUGUCACCUGCCCAUGCGGCCGGCCUACUGCUCGCGCGCGCGGGAGGCGCUGCUGAAGGCCGCGCGCUCCAAGCACUACCGAUGCCACGAGACUGGUACUGCUGUCGUUAUACAGGGGCCUAGAUUUUCAAGUCGCGCCGAAAGCUUGAUGCACCGGCAAUGGGGCGGGCAUCUGGUCAACAUGACUUCGGUACCAGAGGUGGUCCUGGCGAAGGAAGCAGGCCUCAGCUACGCGGCAGUCGCACUCGUCACCGACUACGACUGCUGGCGGGAGAACGAAGCUUCGGUGUCGGUGAACGAAGUGAUGGAAAUGUUCGGGAAAAACGUUAAGAAAGCAGCUGACGUCAUCAUAGAUGCGGUACAAAUACUGGCCGCUGAGACUGACCUGGCCUAUUUGGAUGAGCUUAAGGAACAAGUGUCCUCUGCCAUUAUGUUAAAAGAUUAAAAUAUUCCAUAUAAGAUUAAAUAACAUAUUAAUAUAAGUAUAAAUGACGAAAACUACUUUAAAAGUACCAUUUCUCUGCAAUAUUUUUGAAAUAAAACAAUAUUUACAUACCA